ACUUAAGACCAAAUAACAAAUUGUCAGCAGCCGCGAGCACGUGUUGUUUCCCGACAACCAACAUUUGUUAAAUCUGUCCACUAACAUAGGGGUCUAUUUUUCCUGUGCUAUCCGUAAGUUAGUUGGGAGAGGCGAGGAACAAGCUGACGGUUGCGGAAGCCCACCUCUACCCUGUGAGGUGUUGUUAGGCAUUCGCGGCUCCGCUUCUCUAAAUGCGGGCGAGUUUAUUGUACACACGAAGACCCAAUUGGCAUCUUUGAAUGAAAAAUAAGCCGUUCUGAAGGUGAAGUUUAUUUGUAAAACGGCUUAUUGGCCCUGGAGAAAGCUGUGUCUAAGUUUUGAAUGAGAAAAUCGCCAAAGGACUCCUAAAUAAGCAGCCAUGCCCUCAGUGAUGGAGCGGUCGGGGGGCGGCGUUCUGUCCAGGAGCAGGGCCAAAACCGUAACCAACGGAAACACUAUCCACCACUCGGAGGAGGAAAGCAGUGAUGAGGAUCACACUCAUGACAGUAUGAUUCGAGUAGGUGGAGACUACCAAGCACAGAUACCAGAGUUCAACCCAGAGAGUCCAGGGCGCUACAGUGAGGAGCAGAGGAGUAUGCUCGUGUGGUGCCCCAACAGCCUUGUCUCUGAUGCCAUGUUGGAUGAGUACAUCCUAAUGGCUAAAGAGAAGCAUGGCUACAACAUGGAGCAGGCUCUAGGAAUGUUGCUGUGGCAUAAACAUGAUGUGGAGUGUUCACUGGCUGACCUGGCCAACUUCACUCCCUUCCCUGAGGAGUGGACAGUGGAGGACAAGGUCCUAUUUGAACAGGCCUUCAGCUUCCAUGGCAAGAGCUUCCACCGUAUACAGCAGAUGUUACCUGAUAAGCUGGUCUCCAGCCUGGUUCGGUACUACUACAGCUGGAAGAAGACCCGGACCAGAACUAGUGUCAUGGACCGACAGGCCAGAAGACUUGUCAGCAAGAGAGAUAAGGAUGAUAGUAAUGAUGAGAUUGAGGAGGGAGACCCUGGCAGCGACAGCGACUUUGAGAUCGACACCAAGAAAGAUGUGAGGACAGUGAAGCAGCAGAACUCCAGUGGUUCAGGAGGAGAGAGGGGAGCGAUGGGGCGAUCCAACCCACAAAGGAAGGAGUCUGUUGGGGCUCAGUACCGUCACCACCCACUAAGAGCACACCGGAGACCUCCUAAAGGCAUGCAUUUGAACCGUGAGGACAUCAUGGCUGUGUCGGCUUCUCCUGACUCUGGGUCUCGGUCUGUUAGACAACUAGACACACAACUGGUGUCACUCAAGAGACAGGUCCAGAGUAUCAAGCAGCACAACAGUAGUAUGAAACACUGUAUAGACGAGGGCAUCACCAGCCUGCGCCCCACAGAGCCGGCUCCCAAGAUGAACUCUCGUUGGUCCACUGAGGAGCAGCUUCUGGCUGUGCAGGCUGUCCGUCGCUAUGGUAAGGACUUUGCAGUGGUUGCCGACGUGAUUGGCAAUAAAACGCCGGCCCAGGUGAGCUCUUUCUUUGUUAGCUACCGACGGCGAUUUAACCUGGACGAGGUCGUUAAGGAGUGGCAGGCGGAACAGGAAGUAGCCUCCACCCAAGGGCUUUUUGGGAGUCGUAGUAGGAGUGAAGACAUAGGAGCGGAGGAUGAGUCUUGUCCUCAUGCUUUCUCUCUCCAGGUUAAGAUGGAAGACUCUGCCCCUAGUGGCAACUUCCCAUCUGCUCCCUCCUCCAACAACCACACUCCUCCUCCCUCCCUCUCCCAGCCACCCCCUUUACUGCGUCCGGCUCCGCCCUCUGCACCCCCCAGCCUCCUUCGGCAGCCUCCCCCUUUGCAAACCCGACCACUGCAAACCCGUAACCCCCACAAUCACCCCCCUCCUCCGCUUAUCCGACCUGCUGUAGUACCUCCGAGUCAGCAGGGGGGCUCUAGUCUGCGUAGGGAGCUAGGUAACAACCUCGGCUCGUCUUCUGCUACCUCUGCUGCUGGUACCGGCCAGCCUCCGUCACUGAUAGGCCUCAAAGUAGAGCAACCCAACAGUCACUAAUGAGGACUGAUAGCUAGGGAAAGGCAAAGCAACCCUAUUUCUCACUGAAGCCCAGAGCACCCUCAGCCCUGUCGUAAAAAAACCGGAAGCGGCCCAUUUUCAGGGGUUCCACAUCUUUAACUGAACAUUCUUUUCCCUCUGAAAGCCAGAUGUGUGGACUGCGCUUGGUGUCUCUUUACACCUGCUAUGUUAGGGUAGAUCGAUGAAAGGGUGACCAAAGGGGGGCUCUUCUAUACUCAGGCCUGUUAAAUUGGGAUUGGAUUUGGGAGCGGGUGCAGGGCAGAUAGGUAUACAUUUUAGUAGGAUGUUAGUUGGGUAUGUUAGUCUGUAUGUCAAAUUACAUCCUAUAUACUAUUUAAUUCACUUCAUGUAGGGAAUUUGGUGCUGUUAGAGGUACAGGUCCACUAUUUUCUACAGCCCGGAACUAUUCAGUUUGUUUCCAAAGCCUCUCGUUUCUCUCCCCCUCACCCCUUUGUGCAUUCUGUUAGUUUGUCUGAACUACACAACCACUCAAUAACCUCAGCACCCCCAAAAAAGAAAAAAAAUGGGCAGAACCCAGCCUCCCCAUUUCUCUCCUCAACAUGCUGGUCAUUUGUCUGCCUGAGACAUUAGGGCUUGGCUCAUAAAUCCCUCCCUAUUCGCAUCAAUCAAUCACCCCCCCCCCCCACCCUUAAAUGGAAGGACAUGCCUGCGUAUGCCACAUUGCUCUCUCCAUAACCAGCAAAUAUGAGGUUACUGGUUACCCAGGGUGACUUUGUUCGCAUCCCUCUAUUCCUGCACGCCAUCCUCCCCAAAGAGCAGACUGGAGUGAAUGAAAAUAACUGCUAGCCAAAAUUAUUUUUACAAAAACCAAAAACUUGCAGAAAAGUUACACUGGAUUGUUGUUGCGGCAGUGAAGGUUGCCAUGACAAUGGAGCCCCUCCAAUUCUACAUGUCAACUGUGAACAAGAACAUCUAGAAUGUCAGGAGGAACUGGUGGAAUGCUCAAGUCUGGUUCCAUACCACAAGGUGCUGAAUGAACAAAUCCACAAAGGCAUCAGGAAGAAAACAAGGAUGAAAGUAGAGGGAGAAAAUUGCUGUUUCUCUCGCUUACCAGAGCCAUGUAUUGUUAGUUUUAUUGAGUGACGCUUUAUUUUGCUUUAUUUUUCUCUAGGUAAGUAGGCAGGCUAUUUUUUGUGUGUGUGUGUCACCUUAUAUAGUGCACUACAUUUCACGAAGGCCCUGUAGUGCACUAUAAAGGGAAGAAGGUGCUUUUUGGGAUACUGACUAGGUUAUGCUUGAGUUUCUACAUUAGCAUACAUGUAGAAUCCACGUCUCCAUAUUAACUCGUUUUGCCAGUAUGUUGGAAUGUAUCCUGGUUUUUGACUUAGCCCAGUAUUUUGUGCUCUGAAUGUCACUAUUACUCCUUUUGUUGCCUUUUUGGACAGGAGCAAAAAGAUAAUGUACUUUAUAAGGAGCCAUUGAGAAAAAAAUAAAACACUGAAAAAGCUUAGGGCUCAAAAGAUCAGAGUUCCAGUGGGAUUGACAGCCAUUUCUGGCAGUUGUCAUCCUGUGCAAACAUCAGCCCAAUCAGAAAAAGGUGCUUUUGUUGCAUUUGCCAAUUGUGCCAAUGUUUGUACUGUAUGAUGUUGACAUUUCAACCUUGAUUGAACCAAGCCCUUGAAAACAUCUAGGCUUUAGCAUCUCAAAUGGCACCCUUUUUCCCCCAACUUGGUGCUCUGUUUUUGACCAGAGUUCGUGGUCAAAUCUGAAAUACUACUUAGAUACUUCAAGGCCUGGAUUCAAAUCUGAAGUGGUUUAUAGGUCUUGCCUUUAAUGGUGCACUUUGGUAACAUGAUUACCCCAUUGCAUAUGCCAAGGUUCAGCAAAAACACUUCUCAAAAAGGGAUCUCACUCUCAAAAAUAUCAACACCAGUUACAAUCUGAAUGUCAGUGAUGUUCUGUUGUGCAGCAGGUAUUUUUUUUAUUAGGGUUGCACUGCUCUUUUUAAUAGGCUAGAAUAUUGAGUCAUCUGUACUAAAACAAUGACUGGUAUGCAAGGUGAGACUUUUCAGCUGGAAGGAGAUUUCAAGUGGAUGACCAUGUGACUGAAGUAGCUUUUUAAAGCAGGGGAUCCUUUAAUUUGAAUGUUAACCUCACCUGUGUUUUGAAAGAAAAGAUGUCUAAAGAAAUUUUACUACUCUUAAAUGCAAGGCUUGACCAUCCAGGAUAUCUCAUUUACAGUUUUACCAUGUUUUGAGGCAACAUUGUUUUUGCUUAGUUGUGUACAAAUGGAAUAAAACAUUUGGGGGUUUCUGAUAGGAUAUGACAGUUGGAAUAAGUUCAUAAGACAACGUUGUAUUAUACAAGAAUCAAUGUUUAUAUGGUAAUUCCUAUGUCAAAAAAUAAGUAGAAACUUAGGAUCCCUGCGUUAAAUGCUGCAGAUCAAUUCAAUAUUGUCCAAGAUGACAGGCCUAAAACCUGCUUUUGGAUUUAAUCCAGUGAAGUGAUCUAUUAUAACUGUGUUAAACAAAACAGACUUUUCCCUUAAGUGUUUCUCUGUGGGAAGUAUUUGUUCAUGAAGUUUGUGAAACUGGAUUGGCUUUUCUUUUGAUAACUGUUUUUGUUGAAUAAACUAAUGACCAAACAG